UUUUUUAUUUUUUUUAUUUUUUUUGUUUAAGAUAUACACAAAUGGAGGAAAUGCUCGAGAAAAAAAAAGAAUUCAGUAAAAAUCAAGCAAAGCAGUUUUAUACACAAAAUUCAUCUUUUAUUGGGAUUUUAUUACGUUGGCGUAUUCCAUUCCAUGAUAGUAGCAAAGAGAGAAUAACAGAGUCGAUAACCAAAAAUAAGACAAUUGAACAAUUACCAGAAGAUAUAUUAGCAGAUAGUCUUUUAUUUUUAGAUUCAUCAACUCAACAACAACAACCUGUUUGGAAAAGAAAGCGAUUCCAUUUUAUGAUAGGCUUGUCUGCUGGUUUAUUAUUAGCAGCAUUUGGAGCUUCCUUUAGCUCUUAUGAUUCUUAUUCACAUUCUAGACAAAUGAUGCUUGCUCAUUAUUCCUAUCUAAAUGAUUUACAUACUUAUCUGUUAACUGAAAUCAAUUAUUUAUCAAAAAUCAUGCCUGUUACAGAUAUCAUGGAUGAUAUAUUGACAAAUGUUACAGAUUUUUUCAAGCUGGCUCCUUCAAACGAUCAAUCCUUUAUGCCUGCCAUGAACUUGAAAGAUGAAUUCGAAUUAAAAGCUUAUCAUCCAGUUGUAUUAAUUCCCGGUAUUAUUUCUUCUGGCCUUGAGAGUUGGGGAGUUUUAGAAAAAUCAAAAAGAUUCUUUAGAAAGAGAAUGUGGGGUACUGCAACUAUGUUUCGUUCUAUAUUACUCGAUAAAGAUCUUUGGAUUGAACAUUUGAAACUUGAUCCUGUCACAGGAUUGGAUCCUCCUGGUAUAAAGAUACGAGCUGCACAAGGCUUGGAUGCGGCUGACUAUUUUAUCACAGGAUAUUGGAUUUGGGCCAAAAUCAUUGAAAAUUUAGCUUAUAUUGGUUAUGAUAACAAUAAUAUGUAUUUGGCAAGCUAUGACUGGAGACUUUCAUUUUCCAAUCUUGAAAUACGAGAUCAGUAUUUUUCAAGACUUAAAGCCUUUAUUGAAACAUCUAAAAAAGCUACUAAUACUCCUGUAGUUGUAGUUACACAUUCAAUGGGCUCAAUCUUAUUUCCUUAUUUCUUGAAAUGGGUUCAAAGUGAAAAGGGAGGAAAAGAAGACGAGAAUUGGACAGAGCAACAUAUAGCAUCCUUUGUGAAUAUAGCAGGUCCUAUGGUAGGUGUUCCAAAGGCACUAGCAGUCAUGUUAUCAGGCGAAACACGUGAUACGAUGGCUUUAGGAAGCUUUGGUGCCUAUCUUUUAGAGAAAUUCUUCUCAAGACGUGAAAGAGCGAGUUUGAUGCAAACAUGGGCAGGUGGGAGCUCCAUGUUGCCUAAAGGAGGUAACGUUAUUUGGGGUUUUCAUGGUUCAGCACCCGAUGAUGAUGUCCACUCUCAGCAUUAUUCUUAUGGUAAUCUUAUUUCUCUUACAACAAAUCAACAAAAUGACAAUGGCAACAGAACAAUUGAAGAGAAAAAGAAUAGUAGUAGUAGUAGUAGUAGUACUUAUUUCGAUGUUAAAGAAUCAUUAGAAUUGCUUCAAUCCUAUGCUACUGCAGAUUAUGCACAAAUGAUGAACACAAACUACUCAUUAGGUAUCAGUGUCUCUAAAAAAGAAUUAGAGAAAAAUAAUUUGGAUCCCAGAAAAUGGUCAAAUUCGUUAGAGUCACAGUUACCAAUUGCACCAAGUAUGAAAAUAUAUUGUCUAUAUGGUGUUGGUUUACCUACUGAAAGAAGUUAUUUUUACUCAAAAGUAACGAAAAAUGAGGAUAAUAACAAUAAACAUAACAGUGAUCCAAAGUCUACACUAGAAAAUAAUUUAGGCUUUGAAGUUGAUGCUUAUGGCUUGCUAAAUGGAACAGAUCCUAAAAAAGGAGAAUUUAUGGAAACUAUUGUUAAGGAUUCCAUAAAACAAGAUGGCUAUAAAACUUUUAACAACGAGUCAAAUGUAUCUGACACACCGUCUAUUCAUAUCGAUAGGACUAAACAUGAUCCUACUAGCGGGACGAUAACGGGUAUUCGAUUUGUAGAGGGUGAUGGUACUGUACCUGCUUUGUCAUUAGGAUUUAUGUGUACACCUUCUGGUGGUUGGACAAAAUAUGCAGACCUUUAUAAUCCUGGAAAUAGUCCUGUAACUUUAAAAGAAUAUUUACAUGAACAAAGUGAUAGUAAGUUAAAUGUUAGAGGUGGUUCAAAAUCUGGAGAUCAUGUUGAUAUUCUCGGUAAUUUGGAAAUGAUACAGGAUAUUUUAAUGAUUGCAUCUAAUAAAGGCCAAAACGUUCGUCAAAGAAUUAUAUCCAACACAGAAGAUUUCGCACAAAAAAUUAAACUUGAACCAUUACCAUAAUAUAUAUCCUUUAUUCAUAAAAGAUCUCCAAAUUUAAAAUAAUAGAUAAUUCUAAAUCUAAAAAAAAUAAAGUAUA